AUGGGCCUGGGGCAACUCAGAGCAACCAUAAAAGGCAGCCCAACUUCAUGCUCUCUCAUCCACUUCUCCUGCCUCCUUCUCCUUGGGACCCAGGUGCAUCUGCAGCCUCAAGACAUGUCCUGCAACACCCAGUGCCGUCCCUGCCAGCCCUGUGGCCCCACCCCACUGGGCAGCAGCUGCAAUGAGUGCUGUGUCAGGCAGUGCCAGGACUCCACCGUGGCCAUCCAGCCCUCGCCCGUGGUGGUGACCCUGCCUGGCCCCAUCCUCAGCUCCUUCCCACAGAACACCGUGGUGGGUUCCUCCACCUCCGCUGCUGUUGGCAACAUCCUCAGCUGUGAUGGAGUGCCCAUCAACUCUGGGGGCUUUGACCUCUCCUGCAUCACCAACCGCUAUGGUGGCAACAGAUGUCGUCCCUGCUAA